ACAACAACAACAAACGGAAUGGCAGCAACCGCCACCACCACCGCAGCAGCGAUGCCGACCACCUCCAAAGCAACCGCUGUCUCCCAGCGGCCAUCUUGUCCCGCUGUGAAUGACACGACGUCGUUCACGACCGAGGCGAGCAUGCAGAUCGAGACAGAUGCUCCCAUCGGCGGGAACUGCUCGUUUGAAUUCAUCGUCAGCAAACAGAAUGUCACCAGCAGCGUCACGGUGCUCAGCUGGUGCGGGUUGGACGGUCCUCAGAUGCGUUGCCACUGCGGCCUCGGCUUGCUGUGGAGCGCCGCUGCCUGCCGCCAGGUGGGAGCGUGCGAUGACGUCACCGCGUCUAGCCCCUCCCCCUCGCCUGGCUCUGCCCCUACCUGCACGUGCAUCAAGGGGUUCCCGCCCGAUGGGGUGCAGUGCGUGUCUCGCCCGGAGCCUCUACCAUCGUGCAUGACCGCCAACCCCACCAAUGCCACUACCGUCGUGAACGCUACGGAGGUCGCUGUGGCGGUCGUGAAUGCUACGGCCACCGAUGAGACGACAUUGAACGCUACUGUGACCUCUGAGAUGACCCUGAACGCUACUGCGACCUCUGAGACCACCCUGAACUCUACUGUGACCUUUGACACGACCCUGAAUGCCACUGCGACCUCUGAGACCACCAUGAACUCUACUGUGACCUUUGACACGACCCUGAACGCCACUGCGACCUCUGAGACAACCCUGAACACCACGGCGACCUCUGCAGUGGUCCUGAACACCACUGUGGCUACCGUCCUGAGCACAACGAUGGUAACCGGCGGUUCGAAUCGAACGAGCAGCCCCUACGCGCCGCAAGACGUCAAGGUGAUCCCAGUGACACUGACAAUCAAUGAAGUCUUCGUCUCUGCCCUGAGUGACCCAAACUCGCUGGAUUACAGGACCAUGUCCAACAGGCUUCUACCCAGCCUCACCAGCUCCUAUCAGAAACUCGGGUCUCGGUUGGUGGAAGUGGGGAUCUUAAACUUCCGGUGA